AUGAAGUUGGCAAUAUUACUUCUUGGACUGGUAGCAGUUGCGUCAAGUCACACCUUUAAGAUUCCAACCAAGCUGAAGGCGAUCUACAUAAACCUAUUAGAGACGCACAAGUGUGUACGGGAGACAGACUGUGUUACCAAGGCGACUAUGCAGGAAUGUGGCACUGACGGACAGACAUAUGAGAACCAUUGUAGUCUGAUAAAAGAGGCGUGCAGGCGUCUAAAGGCCGGGGAAGAGGUUGUGAUGAGGGCCUAUAGAGGGCGCUGUGUUGACUACCCACAGGCUCUACUGAUGAUGCCCAACUUGAGGUUAUAAUAAACGAUCAUAAAUACAUUUCUUCAAUAAUGCAUCUUGCUGAAUCCAACGUUUAAAGAGAAUAUUGUCACCAGCCAAGAAUGUUGACAUCGUUUGUAUUGAUACAUAUGCACAUGGACCUCUCUAUUAGACCAACACGGUAAUUACUUAUUGUAUAUGUAUGGGAACCUAGAUAAAAUGAUGACGUAUAGAAAUCAAUGUCAUGAUUUUCCUUAUUACAAAUAA